UUGGCUCCUCGCGUUGACGAGAUCAAUUUCGACACAACAGCCCGGCACCAAUUUUUGACUGGGUUUCGCAGACGAAAGCAACAGCGAGUACGUCAAGCGCAAGAAAUUGCAGAGAAUAAAGCUCGGGAAGCGAAGAGAGAGGAUCGGAGAAAGGUAUGCUACAUCUGUGGAUCUAAAGGUUACUCUGAGAGUGACUUCUCUGGCUAACCCCGUCAAUUCUUUAGAUCCGAGAAGAAAGAUCUGCGGAGCUUCAGCUUGCUCUCGAAGAGCAUCGUAAACAACUCAAAAGGAUGCAAGAAGAGAACGAAAGUGGUGACGAACAUGCGAACCCAAGUGAUGAGGAUAACGAAGAAGAAGAAGAAGAAGAGUGGAGUGGAAUCCCGGAGCCUCCUGCGGUAGACUACGAAGCCGAAUACAUUGACGAAGAUAAAUACACUACUGUGACUGUCGAGGAAAUGGAUCCCUCCAAAGAAAGUUUGCUGCAGUCAGACGAUGAUACCUCGGACGAAAAGGCGGCAAAACAGCCUGACCCCACCGAAAAAAGCGACCAGUCGAAGAAACAAACGGAAAAGAACAAGAAGAAGUCGUCGGAUAGCAAAACCAAAAGGAAGAAGAAGUUCAGAUACGAGAGCAAGGAGGAACGCAAGAUCACCCGACUGAAGGAACGGCAGUCCAACCGCAGAAAGGCUCAGGCCCGACGAGAACGAUGAAACGUGAUGAUAGAGUUUUUUUUUUUUUUUUUGUUUUAUUCCGGCGUUAAAUGGAUUGAUCAUGCAUGCGUUCAGUUGAAAACACAGAGCAAUAGAAUACCCCGUUUUAUAAUACUAUGUAGCGCUGGAAAAUUUCUAUAUGUUAACUUGGAAUUAGGGGGGUAAUAAGCCACGCGGGUGGAUAAAAAGACAGAUGUAUGAAAAGUAUAAAACAGCUGCAUAACAAGAGGCAGAGAUCCUACUAGAUCUAUCUCCUGCAGACAGAGGUAAUAUAAAAGGAUAGGUGGUGUGGUGUGAAAACUGUAGCACUCUUUUAAAAAA